AUGUCUGCAGAGCCAGUGCCAGGGGCUGAGGCUGCCAGGAGAGGCCUGAAGAAGCCACGUCCGUUCAGCAUUGAGGACAUCCUCUCCAGCCCCACGGAGAAGAGCCCCCAGGUCGUGGUGCCACUGUGCCUACGGAGCAUCCUGGACUGCACACCUCAGAGGCCCUGUGAGCUGGAGACCAUCCCAGCCAGCUCCCUGCAGGAGGAGGAGGAGGAAGAAGAGGAGGAAGAGCUGGAAGGGGCAGGCUGCAGCUGCUGCUGCUGCUCUCACACGAGUGCCCGUUCCCUGCAGGAGCUGCCGGCGUGGCUGGAUGCGCGGCUGCCCUGGCCCAUGCGGCUCCUGCAGCCGGCGCUCAGGGUGUGCAGGAGCUCCCAGGAGAAGGCAGGCGAGCUGCAGAGCCUGCAGCAGCAGCUGCAGCGCCGCACGCGCCGGCACCGCACCAUCUUCAGCGAGGAGCAGCUGCAGGCGCUGGAGACGCUGUUCCACCAGAACCAGUACCCGGACGUGGUGACCCGCGAGCACCUGGCAAACCGCAUCCACCUCAAGGAGGAGCGUGUGGAGGUUUGGUUUAAAAAUCGUCGGGCGAAGUGGCGGCAUCAGAAGAGGGCGACUGCCUCGGCACUGACCCUGCAGGCCAAGCAGCCCCCCAAGGAGGGCUGUUAG